CACCACAUCUCCCCCAAUUUUCCCAGCCGCGAACUCCUCCGAGUUGGUUGGCCUACGCGCCUAGCCAGCUAGCGACAAUGGCCGCGUCCGCCGCCGCCGUGGCAUCCACCGCGCCGCCGCAGCCGCUGCGGCCGCGCCGGGGGAUAGCCGUGCCGUCGUCAUACUCACACCGCGCGGCGACGCGGCCGCGCCUCGCCGUCUCGGCGUCCUCCACCACCACCGGCACCACCGAGACGACGAGCGAACGCGGCGGUGCCGAGCGGUUCUACUUCAACUUCACCGGGUUCCCCUUCCCGCUCGGGCCGUUCCUCAACCGCCGCACCAUCCGCACCGAGGCGGUGAAGGGGAGGAUAUGGCUGUUCGAGCAGGAGCAGGCACUGGGGUUCAGCAGCGUCUCCACCAACACCCGCAUGACCGUCAUCAAGCUCAAGUCCGGCGGCCUCUGGGUGCACGCCCCCAUCGCGCCGACCAAGGAGUGCAUCCAGCUUCUCAAGGAGCUCGACGCGCCGGUGGAGCACAUCGUGCUGCCGACCUUCGCCUACGAGCACAAGGUCUUCUUCGGGCCAUUCACCAGGAAAUUCCCCAGGGCGCAGAUAUGGGUGGCGCCCAGGCAGUGGAGCUGGCCGAUCAACCUGCCGCUGGAGUUCUUCGGGAUCUUCCGGGCCAAGCCCCUCCAAGACGAGGACGACGACACCCCAUGGGCGGGCGAGAUCGAGCAGAAGAUGCUCAGCUCGCCUGAAGUUGGGAUUGGACCCUAUGUGGAGGUGGCAUUCUACCACAAGCCUUCGCGGACAUUGUUGGUGACGGAUGCCGUCAUUUUUGUUCCUCGGCAGCCACCUGAGUGUAUCAGCAAAGAGUCGUUGCUGGCAUCUGCCAAGAACGGCUUGGCAGUGAAGAUUUUGAGCAAAGGAAAAGAGGUCCCAGAUGAACCAGUUGUGGACAAUAAGCUGAACCGUCAGAAAGGAUGGGAGCGAAUGGUACUGCAAAUAUUGUUUCUUGGUCCCUCAAAUCUUCUGGAGCCAAACGCAAGUUUUGCUCAAAUGUCUCAGAAGUUGAUUGUCUCCCCAAUUGUGAAGACACUUGUUUUCAGCAAAGUUCCAGAGAAGGUGAGAGACUGGGUCGACAGGAUCGCUGCAGACUGGCCAUUCAGGAGGAUAAUCCCAGCUCACUUCGCAGCUCCGAUUAACGCGAACCGGUCCGACUUCUUGGCUGCCUUUGCUUUCCUAGAUGAGUUCCUCCCCGAGCGAUCUCCAGCAUCGCCCGGCCUCUCACUCCUCUUUGCCUCGCUCAUGGGCAAGGCGGCGAGCUACUUCCCCCCUGAUGACAUGAAGACCCUGUCAUCCCUGGACGAGUUCUUGGUUUCAGUUGGUGCUGUCAAGAAGACAGUUUCAGGCAGAAAGCGAUGAUACGGAGAGAUACUGGCAGAUGUGUUGUUCAUAGUUUUGUGUUGAGAUGAGCUUGUUGCUGCUGUACAUGGUUAACACUACUAAACUGUACUCCCUCCAUUUCACAAUUUAAGUCAUUCUAGCAUUUCCCACAUUCAUAUUGAAGUUAAUGAAUCUAGACAUAUAUAUCUAUCUAGAUUCAUUAACAUCAAUAUGAAUGUGGAAAAUGCUAAAAUGACUUACAUUGUGAAAUGGAGGAAGUAUGUAGUUAGCCUUUAUCCAGGAUUAUAUUGUAUAUACCUUACUGCAGUCUAUAGAAGAGGCCAAAAUGUUUACAACUCAGCUGAACAUCUGAUGAUUCUCUAUGACUGGGUCUGGGUCUGGUCUA